AUGGAUGCCAUGAUAGGGGUCGAUGCCAAGGAGCAGAAUUCAGCCGAAAAAAAGGCCAAGAAAAAGAAGAAAAAGGACAGGGAGACCGCUGAUGAGAAAGGAAAGUUACAAAAAAGCAAGGUAUUAAGGUAUUGUUGCAUGGGCCCAGGCUGACAUGAUGCAAGGACUGUGUGUUUGGCUUUGGUGUAUCUCUUAGAAGAGUGACGAGGAUAGCGACGCUCCAGCAGCAUCAAAACGCGUCGUGAAUCAUCGGUGCCUCCCGCGGGACACUGAUAUGGCGGAUGGUACGAAUGACAAGUAAGGCACGCACAUAAGGAGCGAAGCAGAAGGCCAGAGACCGUAUUGAUGGUCAUGACUUUGAUGCAUGCAUUGAUGACUGUGAUGCUGAUGCAGACUUGGCGCAGUGAGGGAGAUGAGCGACACCAGUGACUGA